AUGAGAGCUCCGGGAAGCGAAGACGUCGUCGUGAUAGAAAAAAAGGCCGGAGAAGCGCGUAUUAUCACAGUGAAUUGUCCUGAUAGGACCGGUUUAGGGUGCGAUAUAUGCAGAAUUAUCCUCGAUUUCGGGCUUUCUAUCACAAAAGGAGAUGUUACAACCGAUGGAGUAUGGUGCUACAUAGUGUUGUGGGUGGUGCCACAUUAUGAUUCUCUCAUAUUGAGAUGGUCACAUUUGAAGAACCAACUUGUAUCUGUAUGCCCUUCUUGCUCCACCUACUUCCUUCUCAAUAUGACGUCUCCUUGUCCAGCAUCAACACCUGUUUACUUGCUCAAGUUCUUCUGCCUAGACCGGAGAGGACUCUUACACGAUGUUACUCAAAUACUAACUGAGCUCGAGCUCGAGCUCUCAAUCCAAACCGUGAAGGUCACUACGACACCAGAUGGGAGAGUUCUUGACCUUUUCUUCAUAACAGAUAAAAUGGAUCUUUUACACACAAAAGAGCGACAAGACGAGGCACUAGAGCAGUUUCGUUCAGUCUUAGGAGAAUCAUGUAUAAGCUGUGAACUCCAAUUGGCUGGUCCUGAGUAUGAAUGUCAUCAGAAUAAUAUUCCAUCUCUUUCUCCAGCAGUGGCUGAGGAACUGUUUUCGUCUGAGCAGCUCACCGAUGAAGACAAUCGCGCACAGGUUCUUAGUGAUGAUGUGAUAAAGCUGAAGGAUUCCACUGUCACAGUUGAUAACUCCUUAAGCCCUGCUCACACGUUACUCCAAAUACGCUGCGUUGAUCACAGAGGCCUUCUCUAUGAUGUAUUAAGAACCUUGAAAGACUCUGACAUUAAGAUAUCUUAUGGCAGGUUCUCGCCUCAAACCAAAGGUCAUCGGGACUUAGACCUGUUUGUUCAGCUGAAAGAUGGGAACAAGAUUGUGGAUCUUGAUCAGCAAGAUUCGUUAUGUUCACGUCUGAAAGCUGAAAUGCUUCAUCCUUUACGCGUCGUAAUAACAAACCGAGGGCCAGACACUGAACUUUUGGUGGCUAAUCCAGUUGAGCUAUCUGGGGAAAGCAGGCCAAGAGUGUUCUUUGAUGUCACCCUUUCACUAAAAGUGCUUGGAAUCUGCAUAUUCUCGGCUGAAAUAAGAAGAUACAAGGCUAGUGACCGGGAAUGGGAAGUGUACAGGUUUCUUCUGGAUGAGAAGUGUUUAUUCCAGCUCGGUGACGCUUCUGCUAGGAAUGAGAUUGCUAAUAAAGUGAGAAGAACAUUGAUGGGUUGGUGA